GCGGCAGCAGCAGGAGCAGGAGCAGGAGCAGCAGCAGCGACGGGUCCUCCUCCUACCUCACCCACUUGGUCCUCCUUUUCAUCCUCUUUUCCUUUUCGACCGGGUUUCGUCCACUUGCCCUAGCUGCCGCCCCGAUCCUACGUAAAGGCAUGAUUUCCCGGCACCGCAGGGAAAAUAGGGUGCAAGCCCAGAAACUCUUUCCUCACCACCACUUGUUGAAAAACUGAUUUGAAGGCAUCUCCGAGUUUGAACGGAAAGUGCCAGGAUUUCUUGUGCCUCUGGUUUUGAGCUGAAGUCUCUUCAACUACCAAGUACAAGAGGAUAAAAACUGGAAACUAAAUCGCCUAAUUCAAAGUAACAAUGGAGCGAUUCGUUGUGACAGCACCCCCUGCUCGAAACCGUUCUAAGACUGCUCUAUACGUGACUCCUCUGGAUCGAGUCACUGAGUUUGGAGGUGAGUUGCACGAAGAUGGAGGAAAACUCUUCUGCACUUCUUGCAAUGUGGUUCUGAAUCAUGUUCGCAAGUCUGCCAUUAGUGACCAUCUCAAGUCAAAGACUCAUACCAAGAGGAAGGCAGAAUUUGAAGAGCAGAAUGUGAGAAAGAAGCAGAGGCCCCUAACUGCAUCCCUUCAGUGCAACAGUACUGCGCAAACAGAGAAAGUCAGUGUUAUCCAGGACUUUGUGAAAAUGUGCCUGGAAGCCAACAUCCCCCUUGAGAAGGCUGAUCAUCCAGCAGUUCGCGCUUUCCUGUCUCGCCACGUGAAGAAUGGAGGCUCCAUACCUAAGUCAGACCAGUUGCGGAGAGCAUAUCUGCCUGAUGGAUAUGAGAAUGAGAAUCAGCUCCUCAACUCACAAGAUUGUUGACAAGGAGGUUAUCACCAUUGUGAUCAAGAUAAAUAAUGUGGAGUAUUAAAGUUAUGUGUUGAUUGUGUGGUUCAUUUUUAUAUUUAUUUCAUUUAAAAUCAUGUGAUGCAGAAUAGCUUUGCAAUGUGUAUAUAGUUGCAGGCAAAACAAAACAAAACCUCACUGCAAAACUUACUGUUAAUUUUUGUCACCAAUGGUGUAAAGCAACACUUAGGGUUUAGAGUGUGUUAGAAUACCUGAAACCUGAUGGUUAUCUUUAAAAUUGAUGGUAUUUCUCCUGAGAUGUUUGUGCAUGGAUGAACUGCCCUGCUUUCUUACCCUGUUGCCAUGUAUGAUUAUUCCUUGUGAGAUUACUUAAUUACUUGGAUUGAAGACGAAUCUAGGAAAUUGAAGCUGCUGCCAGGCAACACCACUCACAGUAACUUAGAGGAUUUAUUUGUGAUUAGAGGAUCCUCUUCGAAAAGGAAGGGAUGGCGGGAAAGAGUUCUUCUAUCUUCAGAUCCCUAGCAGAAAGUGACUUUAUUUCAAACUAUGCUUUACUUGUGCAUGAUGUAGUUAGCUUAACUUUUCCUCAGUUUCUCACUGUCUUUUUUUUUUUCUUCCUUUUUUAAAGAUUUACUGAUCUAUUUACUAACAGCUUUACGUGACCAAAAGACUAAAAUCUUCUAAUGUCAGUGCCAGAAGACAUGGAGAAUUUUGCAGUGACAUGAUUUUGGUCUCUUUAAACAAAAAUUUUGGAACCCUAGCUUUCAUUUCAAGCAUUCUCUUGAACUUGGAAGCCUUUUUAUUUGUCUCUCGGUGUUCCACGACUUCAAGAUUUGCAUUUUGAUUUAAACAGGUAGAUACUUUAUGAUUGCAUUUCCUGUUUUACAGUGAAUUAGUAAUUAUUUUUGGCUGACAGACCACAUAUUAAGGAAAUUACUUUCUAUACAUUUUACUGUGUAGUUAUAUGAGUUUACUUAGGUAAAUAGACUCACUUUUAUUUGCUUUGCCUCUGGUAGUAUAAAGUGUUUAAACAUGGAUGGUAAACAAUUGUCUAGAAAUACUGGUGAGAUUUUUGUAGUAGAGAUCUGGCAGUACCCUGCAUAACUGUAUGGGUAAGGAAAUAAUCUGUUCUUUUAAAGGUCUACCAUGUUCAGGAAAUGAGCUCUCUGAACCUCACUGUCCUGUAAGCUUAUCAGAGUAGCUGAACCAGUUAUGUCUUCAUUGGAGACCCAAAUUAUAUUUUUUAAAAAUUAAACCGCUAAAAACUUGACACUGGAGCUUUAAAAAAAUCUUAAAUUCUCUGAAAAUGUUCAAUUGCAAAAUAGCUUAGAGAUUCAUUCUGUUACAAAGCAUUGACAGGCAAUGCCCUAUUUGACUUGGAGUUAUUUUGAAGUUAUCACACUUAAAAAUAAAAAGCCAAAGUUAAAAGAAGGUUAUGUUUUUAUAUUUUUUUUCAGAAACAGAUUCCCAUGUCUAUGUUUCUUUUACAAACUUAAAGUUCCUAGUCCAGAUCGUCAAAGUGCCCAUUUGGGGUUAGAUUUUUGUGUAGGUUUUUUGUUUUCAUUUUAAAGUAAACCUGCCAAUAAACAAAAUCACUUGUCAGAAUUUGAGCUAUCCGUUUUUUUUUCAUGUUCAUUUAUGUUAAAAUAGCACAAUAAAUGCCUGGAGUGAUGCUAUUCUCAUUGACAAAGCACAUGUGAGGCGAUAAGCAGCAAAAUACAAACUAUGUACUUUGCCUUUCCUUCCUCUAGUAAAGAAUUUGCAGGCAACCAUGUUUUAACUUGAAUUAUCUAAGAAGAUAGGGAAUAAUUGAGAUUUUUACCCUAUUUAGAACAAAAAUUUAGAUAAACAAUCACUAAUUUUUCAAAUUUCCAUGUGAUUCAGACUGCUCCUUAUCGGUUAGUUAUUAAUUUGUGCUAAUAGCAAACACAUAGUGGCGGAACAUCACUGAGUAGUCCUAAGCAGUAAAAUGGAUGACGUUGCACUAGAAAAACAACAAUAAUUCAGUUAUGUUUCUAGUAGUUACAACUAAUUUGAUUAUCAUUUAGGUCCUAUGUAUUUUAGUAUUUCUCCAGGCUCCUAACUAGUUCCCAAUGAUGCUGUAUCUAGGGGUAUAAUCUAUUUGUUAGGAUUAUAUCAUGUCCUUAGAAGCAUUUUCCAUCCAUUAACAGAGAUUUAAUAUUUCUUUACUGAUUAUGAAACUUUUUGUUCCCUGAAACUGUUUAACUUUGUCUCAUAGUGAAAUAGAUAAAGCAAAAUGAUUGUUUUAGCCUGCUCAAACUUGUACAAAUCCGUGAAACCAUAGUUGGCAAAUGUUAGGUAUGACAUGAAUAUCUAAGGCAUAUGCUGCUGUGGAAGUGAGUGGACAUGUACAGAAACUUUCAAUCUUAACUACAUAGUGUUAGUGUGAUGCUAUACUAUUGGAAGAGUAGCAGUUCUUUUUUCUAUUUUAUAAGUUGUAUGCAUAAACAUAAGAUUUGUAAUGUUUCAUUUAUAAACUGCCUUCAACACAUGCUUACCUGUUAAUAGUGUUUUCUCGAAGUAUGGUAGUAUGUCUUCCAGAAUUUCACUAUAUGCUUACAGUGAAUAGUUCUAGCUUGUUGAAAUGUUAAAUUCCUCGUUGGUUUCUUUUGAUUCUAUGGAGCAUAUAGCAAGCCUGAAGAACAUUGUAAUCAUUUUUUACAGGGCACUAAUCUAGAAAAAUUGUGUAUGAAAGCCCAUAUAGCUAUUCAUUAUCAACUUUGAGUAAAACUAAAAAGAAAAAAAAAAAAGCUACUUCGAUUUGAUGCGUUUGGCCCUACUAAAUUUUCUGGGACCAGAAAAAUGAAAGAACAAUUUCUGCAUCUUAAAGUUGUAGCCAAUUUAAGAGUCUACUUGGGAUUGUUCUAAAGUAUUCAUUGUUUAAAACUAUUGUAAGUAACACUUGGCAAGAUCUCCAAGCAGAAAGUUCCAUGUUAAAACUUUUGCCUAAAAGAAUUUGUAUGUGAAUGUUAAUGGAAAACACAUUUAAACAAAAUAAAAUUUAAGGUGGCCCAAAACAAAAGCCACAAACAA